GAAUUGCUGCCACCACUAAACCGAAAGCAACAAAAAUAACAGGUUUUCCGACUCGCAGAUCCAAUAAACUCCAACAAAAUAAAAUUCCGAAAUGGAACCCAUAUCACACCUAGUUAAAUCCACGUUGCCCAACUACUUGUCCAACCUGCCGGUCCCCGACAGCUUCAGCGGCUGGUUCAAGCUCUCCUUCAAGGAUUGUCUGGCCCUCAUCCCGCCCACCGUUGUGGUGGCCGGAGUUGUUUAUACCAGCUAUCUUGCCUUCUGCCCUGCGGCAAGGGAUCGGUGCAUUGCCAAGAAGAGCGGACGCUGCAACAACAAUAUCCGGAAGCAUGAGCCCAAGGUUGUGGACAUGAUCGAUGUGGAGGAUAUUGCAGAGAAGGCCGCCUUCUGCCGUUGCUGGAAGACCAAGAACUGGCCCUACUGCGACGGCAGCCAUGGCGAGCACAACAAGCUGACCGGCGACAACGUUGGACCCGUCGUGAUCAAGAAGUAAAGACAAUGUGCCAUGGGUACAUAAAGCAUUUCCUUUUAUUCAAAUAUUUCUGCAAGCUUCUCCUUUGCUUUUAAAACCAAGUUUAAUCAGUUUUAAACUUGUUUCGAAAUACAUACUUCUGUUCUUCGCAUACCCUUGUAUAAUUGUUAAGCAUUAAUUGAUGAUAUUCAUGGAUUAAGUCUAUAUAAAGCCAAUAAAGUUGCCUACAACAUUGAAUUUAA